AUGCCACAUUCAUGUCGACCAUCAAUCACUCAUGAUUGUUUGUUGCUACAAUCACUACCAUUGCCAUGUGAAGAAAUUGUGGAGGGUACAGAAGCGUCAGUCAUUUCAGCUCUACUCGUGGAUUGGACGUUGAACGGAAAGCGACCAUUCCGUGACUUCUUCUCGCGUCCCGAUAGUUCGUUGAUCAAUCAAGACAGAAUACUGCGACUUAAUGAACGUGUGGUUAUUCCUCCUGCAUUCCGUCCUAUUACAUUGGCAGAUCUUCAUUUGGAGAAUUUGGGUGUUGAAAAAUGA